UGUUGUGCCUGCCUCCGGCGGUAGAUGGCGUCCCUGUCCAGCCUGCUUCACGGCACUGAGACAGCUGAGUCACACAUACAUUUAGACCCUGAUAAACAGAUAGUGCGAAAAAGAGCGACUAGAGUCGAGAAAUUGCCGUGAAUAUACUGAUUUUGGACCCCAGCUGCCUCUGACACCGCGUCGAAACAUGCUGACGAUAACAAUGAAGACCCUCCAACAGCAGACGUUCAAAAUAGAAAUAGACCCAGAAUUGACGGUGGAAGCCCUGAAGGAGAAAAUAGAGGCGGACAGAGGAAAAGAUGCAUUUCCUGCUGCAGGACAAAAACUCAUCUAUGCAGGCAAAAUCUUAAAUGAUGACACCCCACUGAAAGACUACAAAAUCGAUGAGAAAAACUUUGUGGUGGUCAUGGUUACGAAGCCUAAACCAGCCCCUACUCCACAAGCGGCCCCUCAGCAAACUCCCCAACCAGCUGCAGCUCGUGCACCAUCCCCAGCUUCUGGCCCAGCACAAGUGCCCUCCACACUGACACAUGCAGUGUCUGCACCCACACCGGCCCCACAGUCAGUGCCUCUCUCUGAAACCCCUUCCCCAGUCCCAGAAAACACCCCGCCGGCUUCUGUUGCUGCAACAGCAGCUCUGGACUCAAACACAGCCCCAGCCUCGGCGUCAGCUGCUACUCUAGCCUCUGACCCAGCUUCAGCUCCUGAAGCAGCCCCGGCGUCUGCCCCGUCAGACCUCCCCACCCCUGCUGCCCAGCCAGAAGAGAAGCCAAGGGAAGACCCUGAGAAUCAACCAUCUGCCACUGAACCAGUUCACUCCUUUGCUUCCAGCCUUGUUGAUGAACUGGGGCUCCUUGAAGAAGCAGCGUCAAUACUGGUGACAGGUCCAGCCUAUGAGAACCUGGUGUCAGAGAUUAUGUCUAUGGGUUAUGAGCGGGACCAGGUAGUUGCUGCACUCAGAGCCAGUUACAACAACCCAGACCGAGCAGUGGAGUAUCUACUCAUGGGUAUUCCAGCCGAGGCCAGCGAUCUGCCACCUCAGGAGCCAGUUAGACACAGUGCUCCAUCCAACCCCCCCACCUCUGCUACACAACAACCACAACAGCCCCCAGCAGUCUCAAACAGGCCAGUGUCUGGCAGCCAGCCUCCCCCUGCUCUAGGAGGCUCUGUGUCCACAGGGAACCCUCUGGAGUUCCUGAGGAAUCAGCCUCAGUUCCAGCAGAUGAGACAGAUCAUCCAGCAGAACCCAGCCCUCCUGCCAGCCUUGCUGCAGCAGCUGGGCAGAGACAACCCGCAGCUGCUGCAGCAAAUCACGCAGCACCAGGAGCGUUUUGUGCAGAUGCUGAAUGAGCCUAGAGGUGGAGACACAGGAGGGGACGGGGCUGAAGCUCAGGGGACACCACAAACCAACUACAUCCAGGUCACCCCACAGGAGAAGGAGGCCAUUGAGAGGUUAAAAGCACUGGGCUUCCCUGAAGGCUUAGUCAUCCAGGCUUACUUCGCCUGCGAGAAGAAUGAGAAUCUGGCCGCUAACUUCCUGCUACAGCAAACAUGGGACGACGAGUAACCAAACAUCACCUGACACAUUACUGUUCAACAGAGGGCCGCAGAGUGGAUGACUUCGCUACACAAGGUCCCCCUGGGAGAAACAAGGACUGGAGAGGAAGAGGACAUUUCUUUUCACACCAUGUGACUGUGGUCUGAUGAUGGUGAUGAAGAUGAUGACACGCUGUUCUGCUUACUCUACAUUUUGCUGUGGUGAUCAUCAUAGGAGCUCACACUGAGCUGUGCCUCACUGCUGCUACAUCAUUUCUGCUGCCGCUUGUGCCGAGUGAUCACACUGAGAAAAGUCAUGCCAGAAAAUAGGUCUGCAGUCUGCACCACCUGCACCACCAACAGGUGCCCUCUGCAGUCAGCUCACAGGCUGCUUGUAGAGCAUGUGGUAAAUGUAGACAGUUUAUUUACGACAGAGUGUAUCUGUAGUGAAUAUGUACAUGACAAAACACAUUUUCAACACGUGCAGUUGCACCCUCCAUGUUGGGUAUACCUGAAAAUGUGAUGCAGACUGGUGACUUCACUGUUUGAGAGCUAGCAUUGCUUUAUAUUAAAGUUCAGGUCGGAUCAAUUCAUUUCUUCUGCUUCUUUGAUCCUUGGAAAAAAUCCUAAUAACUCUGCAAGUUAAAUAAAAUUGCUGCUGUUUGAAUUGCUAAGAAGUAACUCAUGGGAAGUCAAAAUAAAACAUUUGUCUUUUUUUUUUUAACUGGACAGUCAAAAUUUUGACUUUUAUGUUAUUAUUGACUCACCAUGAGUAUUAUUUAUAUUUAUAAUUUGCCCAACUUUUUUGUGGAAAUUCCAAAAACAGUAGACAAGUUUGGUCAAAUCGGUCAGCUGUAAGCAGAGAUUAACUUCACAACCAGAACCGGAUUUCAUUGCAUGUUCGGGGUUCUGGAACAUGCAAUGAAAUUGUUAUUGCAAUCACAGUAUUUUAUAAUUACUUAUAAGAGUAUGUGUGUUGUGGUGUAUUUUGUGGGAGAUGAGGGUACACCGGGAUGCAGCGCUCAUCUUGAAUUGUCAUUAUGAUCUUUCACUAUGGAGGGUUUGUUUGUUUUGUUCUUUUGCAGAUGAAGGAAUUUGAAAGUUGAUUAUGAAGUACCACUAGCAUGCUUUGUGAGCUAAACUUGAGAUUUUGUAAAAAGAAAAGUUGCGUUCUUUCUCACUAUUUCCUUAGCUUGAAUGAUCAAAUAGCCCACUUCCUACUUUUAGACAAUCUGUUUCUGUUUAGUUUGUCUCAUAUCGCAUCUACUAUGCAUCUUAAAGCUGUAAGCGUCUGAGCCGUUGCUCCUUCAUGCCUUAUGGGUUGUUAAAGAUUUUCAUUUUACAAAUGGUGUUGUGGUUUACAAUAUGGUGUUAAGAGUGUCCUAGGAUUGGUGAUCAUCAUUAGUUUUAAUUAUUGAUAGUUAAUCACUUACCGUUUCAAAAGUGGACUAAAUAGAAUUUGAAUAAGUGCUUAAAGCCAAAACAAAAAGAAUAUUUUUUCAGCUUUCAGCAUGUGCCGUUUCUCCUUUCACUUAUCUUUAGUGUGAUUGAACUGGCAAUGACUGGAAGUUUUGCAAUACAUUGUAAAUGGAGUACGCAGAAAUGGGGGGGCACUUUACUGUGACAAAUGCUGCUCUUUAGCUGUGAGAGGUUGUUUGCAUGAGAUUGUUAGUUAUUUAUAGCUUAGCAGGGGGUUAGGAAGGGUGCCACCAAUAGUGUGGUGUUUCUCUGAGCUCAGUUUGUGUUCUUUUACCCAUUUUGUCCAAUGUUUUGUUUUCUUUUUGGGUUUAUAAAAAAUCUUACAACCUUAAAUACACCGGUUGGGGUUUUGCUGAAUUGUUGUUAAAACCCUGUGUUUCAGCAUUGUGUAAAAUAAAUGGCUUUUACAAAGUG